GGCGGCGCGGGGCUGGUGCCGCACAGCCGUGCCGGUCCCGGCGGGGCCAUGAGUCGCGCGGGGCGGGCGGGCAGCGGCGCGGCACAGCGCGGGGCGGCGCGGCCCUGAGCGGAGCCUCCGCGCCGCGCUCCCGCAGCGCGACUAUGGCCGGGGGACGGCGCGGGCUGGUGGCGCCUCAGAACACUUUCCUGGAGAACAUCGUGCGGAGGUCUAACGAUACUAAUUUUGUCUUGGGCAAUGCCCAGAUAGUGGAUUGGCCCAUUGUCUACAGCAAUGAUGGAUUUUGCAAGCUCUCAGGAUAUCACAGAGCAGAAGUUAUGCAGAAAAGCAGCACCUGCAGUUUUAUGUAUGGAGAGCUGACAGACAAAGAUACAAUCGACAAGGUCCGGCAAACAUUUGAGAACUAUGAGAUGAACUCCUUUGAAAUCCUGAUGUACAAGAAGAACAGAACACCUGUGUGGUUCUUUGUGAAAAUUGCUCCAAUUCGAAAUGAGCAGGAUAAAGUGGUUUUAUUUCUUUGCACUUUCAAUGACAUAACGGCUUUCAAGCAGCCCAUUGAGGAUGAUUCAUGUAAAGGUUGGGGGAAGUUUGCCCGCCUGACCCGUGCCCUCACAAGCAGCCGGGGCGUGCUGCAGCAGCUUGCUCCCAGCGUGCAGAAAGGAGAGAAUGUCCACAAGCAUUCACGGCUCGCUGAGGUAUUGCAGCUGGGUUCGGAAAUUCUCCCCCAGUACAAACAAGAGGCACCAAAGACUCCACCACAUAUCAUUUUGCAUUAUUGUGUUUUCAAGACUACCUGGGACUGGAUCAUCUUGAUUUUAACCUUCUACACUGCUAUUUUGGUCCCUUACAACGUGUCCUUUAAAACCAAACAGAACAAUGUGGCAUGGCUGGUUGUCGACAGCAUUGUAGAUGUCAUUUUUUUGGUGGACAUUGUGCUUAAUUUCCAUACCACCUUUGUGGGGCCAGCAGGAGAGGUGAUCUCUGACCCAAAGCUCAUUCGCAUGAAUUACCUGAAGACCUGGUUUGUGAUCGAUCUGCUCUCAUGCUUGCCGUAUGAUGUCAUCAAUGCAUUUGAGAACGUUGAUGAGGGCAUCAGUAGCCUCUUCAGUUCACUUAAAGUGGUCAGGCUGCUUCGGCUGGGUCGUGUGGCUCGGAAGUUGGACCACUACAUUGAAUACGGAGCAGCAGUCCUGGUCCUGCUGGUGUGUGUGUUUGGUCUUGCAGCGCACUGGUUGGCCUGCAUUUGGUACAGCAUAGGAGACUAUGAAGUUAUCGAUGAGGAUACAAACACGAUCCGAACUGAGAGCUGGCUCUAUCAGCUGGGGAUGUCAAUAGGAACACCUUACCGCUUUAACACAUCGGGCUUUGGGAAAUGGGAAGGUGGGCCAAGCAAGGAUUCAGUCUACAUCUCCUCGUUGUAUUUUACAAUGACCAGCCUCACCAGUGUUGGAUUUGGGAACAUCGCUCCGACUACAGAUGGGGAGAAGAUCUUUGCUGUUGCCAUGAUGAUGAUUGGCUCCCUUCUGUAUGCAACCAUUUUUGGUAAUGUGACAACCAUAUUUCAGCAAAUGUAUGCUAAUACCAACAGAUACCAUGAAAUGCUGAACAGUGUCCGGGACUUUCUAAAGCUCUACCAGGUCCCUAAAGGACUGAGUGAACGUGUGAUGGAUUACAUCGUUUCCACCUGGUCAAUGUCCAGAGGAAUAGAUACUGAAAAGGUGUUGCAGAUAUGCCCUAAGGACAUGAGAGCAGAUAUCUGCGUGCAUCUGAACCGCAAAGUGUUCAAGGAGCACCCAGCCUUCAGGCUGGCAAGCGAUGGGUGCCUUCGGGCUCUUGCCAUGGAAUUCCAGACAGUGCACUGUGCCCCAGGAGACCUGAUCUACCACGCGGGCGAGAGCGUCGACAGCCUUUGCUUUGUGGUCUCGGGGUCUUUGGAAGUAAUCCAGGAUGAUGAAGUCGUGGCUAUACUGGGCAAAGGAGAUGUUUUUGGGGAUGUGUUCUGGAAGGAGUCUACCCUCGCCCAGUCCUGUGCCAAUGUAAGGGCUUUGACUUACUGUGAUCUUCAUGUGAUUAAGAGAGAUGCCUUGCAGAAGGUGCUGGAGUUCUAUACAGCCUUUUCACACUCCUUCUCCAGAAAUCUCAUCUUGACCUACAACUUGAGAAAAAGAAUCGUAUUCCGGAAGAUCAGCGACGUCAAACGUGAAGAAGAGGAGAGAAUGAAGAGGAAGAACGAAGCGCCUCUGAUCUUACCCCCAGACCACCCUGUCCGCCGGCUGUUCCAGAGGUUCAGGCAGCAGAAGGAAGCGCGGCUCGCAGCAGAGCGGGGCCGGGAGCCGGAUGACCUGGACGUGGAGAAGGGGAACGUUCUAGGGGAGCACUCCUCGGCCCGCUCAGUGGUCAAAGCCAGCGUCGUGACUGUCCGGGAGAGCCCGGCGACCCCUGUGUCGUACCAAUCUGCUUCCACAUCUGGGGCCUCUGACCAGGCGAAGCUGCAGGCCCCGACGUCGGACUACGUGGGAUGUAAAGUGUCAGGGGACUACCCCCGACGAAAAGGCUGGGCCAAGUUCAAAGAUGCCUGUGGGAAAGGUGAAGACUGGAACAAGGUGUCUAAAGCAGAGUCCAUGGAGACUUUACCAGAGAGAACUAAAGCUUCGGGAGAAGCUACCCUGAAGAAGACAGACUCUUGUGAUAGUGGCAUCACAAAAAGUGACUUGCGCUUGGAUAAUGUUGGGGAGACGAGAAGCCCGCAGGACCGCAGCCCGGUCCUCACCGAGGUCAAGCAUUCCUUUUAUCCCAUCCCCGAACAGACUCUUCAGGCCACCAUGCUAGAAGUGAAACACGAGUUGAAAGAGGACAUCAAGGCUUUAAACACAAAAAUGACCAAUAUAGAAAAACAGCUCGCUGAGAUCCUUAGGAUAUUAACCUCAAGAAGAAGCUCCCAGUCACCACAGGAGUUGUUUGAAAUAUCAAGGCCCCAGUCUCCAGAAUCAGAAAAAGACAUGUUUGGAGCUAGCUGAGGUGUUUCUUUUAAACACAAACAAAACCCCAACAAACAAAGAAACAGCCCCUCUAACAUUUUAAAUGUAAUCUUUCUUGAAAAUGAGUGAGGGACCAGUUCACUAAAGCAUGUUCCCUGUGUCCAAAAAGGUAUGGUAACAGGAAUUGCAACCUCAUGUCAAGAUGGCAGCUGACUCUGAAGCCUUUUUGACAGCAAGGGUACAGUUUCUAAAGUUUCUUUUCUCCAUUGGUGCCCAUUUCCCUCCCCAAUUCCCCUCUCUCCCUCGGGAUGUUGGAAUAAGAAUUCUGACAGCAGCAGCUGUCCCCAUGAGCCCCAGGUGACUCUGAGGUUUUUGGAGCAUGCCUUACGUUGGCAGCUUGGGUUUUGCCUGUGUGAAUAAGCACUCGGCAGGGUGCUUCUGUUUUCAGCGUUUGGUGGGGUUGUUUUUGCUGCUGCUGUCACUGUCUCAGUCACCUGUACAGCAUGUUCAGUGUCACAGUAUAUUUUCAUGUAUCUCUAAUAACACAAAGAGCAGUAGAUGUGUAUUUCAUUUCAGUGGAAUGAGUGCUACUCGGUACUGAAGUUAUUUUUGGGUAGUCAAGGAAGGGCUAAAAAGAUGAAAAAAAAUUGUACUUCUCCAUUGCAAACUGACAUAGUGCUAUAAAGCAAUUACAUUUAACAGCAUUCUCAACAAUAGCCACAGUACUUCAGGGCUGUUAAUAAAUGGGACCUCCCGCAUUCUUAUUCAUUGAGUCAAGGAGACUGAUUCUCCAGAACUCGACUUCUGUCUCAGAUGUCUUUGAAUAUGUUACCUUUGAACUCCUGCCGUUGGGUGAGCAGUGUACCUGAGCACAGCCCACUGCACCACAGGCUGGGAACAUCAAUAACAGGCCCCCCCCAUGAAAAUAUACUGUGGCAUUUCUGUCCUGGUUUUGCUAUGAUCUGCUCUUUUAAUUCUUGUUAAAUUAUUCUUCUUCAGAAGUUUCUGUUUUGAUAAUGUUCAUUGUAGCCAAAGGCUCUCACAGAACUUUUAAAGAUUUUAGAUUGUGGCAUUUUCCUCUACAUCCAGAUGUAUUGUUCCUGAUCUAUUCUAGCUAGUACAUAAAUGGAUAGUAGAGGUAGAAAUACAGUGCUUACUGUACACAAGUGCUAUUGUAGCAAGGAAACAAAAAGAUCUGCUUCUUAAAGAAGGAGAUGUUUCCAAAACUUGUAUUUUCGUAUCUUUUUUUGGAGGAAGAUUGAAGCACUUUACCAAAACUUCUCUUCAUUAUUCAUGAGACAGAGUAGCAUAGCUGGUAUCAUCGCUUGGGUUAGCACCUUGGGAUAUAGGUGUAUCUUCACAGUAUAUUCUUUCCACUGACCCAGUAUGUUCACUAUUUAACAGUAGGUUAGAGCUCAGAAGCAACACUUUUUGGGGUUUUCAUUUUUAAUGGCAAUAGGUCUUACCAUGGAGUGGGAGUAGUUAAGUAAGUCUCAUUCUUUUUCCAUCGUACUAAGUCAUUACAAAAACUACAUGAUUUUGGGGGGAAGAUUUUUGUUCACGUUAAGUAAGGAGGAGGCAAGGGAAGGAUUUCUGCUGGGUUGAUGCUUGCACGGUGCAAUGCGGAACUGUGUCAGACAUCCCUGGGGAAGCGUGAAGUCCUCUGAUGCACCACAGCAGCAGUGAGGACAUGCUGUGCAGAGCCACCAGCUCAGGUCCUGGUGUCUGUUCCUGCAGUAACUGUGCUUGCUCGCAGAUGCUGAUUAUCCCAAGCACAGCAUCACCAUUUCCAGGUCGAGAGGCAGCUAGUUUAGGCUUUCAAGGGUCUUAAACCUUGGUUCCGUAGGGAAUUGUCCACAGGUUGUAAAUUCUUACCCAAGGACUGAAAUACUCCCGAGAAGCAGCUAUCAGGGUCAGAUCUGUAGGCUACCUUUUCCCUCCCACAAGAGAAGGCGGUAGGGAGGUGACUUGCUCUGGAACCAAGGUGCCAUUUCCUUAAUUUAUUUCUCUAUGGUUCCAUGUUUAGGUUAGUGGUAACUGGUGUCUUUUACAGUUAGACACUGCAGACAUGCAGUACUGAGGAAGGCUCUUUGACCAAAAUCACACCCAGUGUUUGGUGCUUCAAUCACUGCAAGUAGCAACAGUUGGCUGUAACAGCUAUGGGGGAUGAUUGCCCCAAGAAAUCCAUAAUCAAUGGUUUCAGUUAGAAACUGCUGAAUGAUCUUUUUCUUUCUAGUCUCCUCAGUCUGUAAAUUCACUGGAUAAUGAAAUUAUGCCUAAUUUCAUCUGUGUAUUGAUAUACAAGGCCAAUUGAUGCCCAAAAGUUCCAGCAAGAUUUUAGAGAUUGGCUUGGAGCCAGUUUCCUAAUCCAGACAAAUUCCUCAUCAGCAUUAUGUUCCUGACAUUAGGUUUUCUUCAUAAAAUCAUUGACAGGCUGAAAGUCUUGCUGAACUUAGCAAGCACUUUGUGAAAGUGCCACCCAGUUACCUGCAGCUGGAUAAACAUGGAAACGAGCUUAUUCCAGAGAGAUGAAGGAGGAAAUGUUUAUAACAACCUCCAAAGCAUGUGCCUAGUAUCUCCAGAAUUGCAGCACAGACAUGGAACUACACGUGGUUACCUGGCCCUUUGUUGCUGAUACCAAGCUGAUCAUUCUCAGCAGUAUUUUUAUGAUGUGCCCUCAGGGAUCUGUUAAGGUGAUGCUGGAGUUGCUGAUUACCCAGGUCUGGAGUCAAGGCAGGGUCAGCCCUAGAGGCCCCACAACUAGCCACAGCUGUGAAUAAAGGUGGAUACCUCCACAAUUGGUGUGGGUACGUCUCCUGUAGCCUGAUGUUCAGCACAACACGGUACCUGCACACCCGUGUGACAGGGGGUGGGUGCAGCACGGAGUCCUUUUUUAAGGCUUUUAUGAAGCUCUUGUAGUAAAAGCCAUUUAUAACCAAUUUAUAAAGCCUUCAAAGAUUGUAAUACACUCUGGAAUUAUACUAAAAACUUAAUGUCUUUGAAGAUUAUGGCCAAAUGUGAUUUUGUUAUGAUCAUGAAACUCCAGAGAAACUGCUCCUUGCAAUGAUACCUUCAGGGUGCCUGCUGCAGGUCAUUGCUGACAGCGGGCCAUGUCAUUCAGAUUUGCACAGCUGUAGCUGAGAUUAGACCCAUUUUAUUACGAUUUUAUGAACUGGCAGGCACUAAAACUAGUUGUAGGAGCCAGUAUCAACCCUUAGUAACCUGCCUAUGUUGUAAGAGAACAUGAAAAAAAUACACUAUCUAGGAUGAGCUUUGGUCUUUGGAUUCCCUGGGCUAUUGAGUGGUUAAAUGAGCAAAUCCUUGCCUGCUAUGGGACUAGUCACUCCUUUGAACUCAUCUGGACCUGUGCUGUGGUGCCCAGGCUCUGCCAGUGCAGCCCUUCUCCUUCAGAGAGUGGUUAAAAGCACCUGUGCUACAGAUCUGUCUCCAUUGAGCCUUACACUGAGAUGCCUGUGGCUGGAUGGUGUCAAUACCCACUGUAACUGCUGCUUGUUCUUAGUUUAUUUGUCAGCUUUUCCUUUUUCUUUUGUUUCUCUUUACAUGUUGGCUAAGCCCUUUCACUUAAAUUAUUUUCCAGUUUAGAAGUGAAUGAUCUCUGAACAUAAGGCUUCUGCCCCUUAACAAACAAAUGUUUGUACAUGCUAUAAAAAAGGAGAAAACACGAUGCUUCAGCUUUACCUGUGUUCUGGCAUAGUGCUUCUGCCAUUCAACAACCUGCCAAAUGACCUGCAUUAAUCAAACAGAGAUGGUGUGUUCCAUUUUUGCUAUACAAUGGAAUUAGAUUUCAGUCAAAAUUAGAUUUCAGUUGAGAGGAAGAGCCUGGGUUGUGAUUUGGUAAAAUGAAAACUUCUAAAAGUUCAUGUUUAAACCGUUAGAAAGAAAAUUGCUAAAUUUUCAGCACAGGAUUAAAAAAGCAAACCCCGACCCUCCCCCCACCAUGUUCAGAUACAUUGACUUCUGUGUGGAAUUAUGUGCAUAUUUGUUUAAACACCAUUCUUGCUUUAAAUCUCUUUCACAGUGCUGCCCUGAAUCCCAGCGAACACCCUGUUUAACAGCUUCGAAGGUGAUGUUCUGUUUCUACAGUACUUCACUUUAAUGAACUGAACAAGAUAUUUACUGUGAAUAUUUGGUGAUACACUUUCAAUCACUCUUAAACAGUCUGUGAAAGAAUUUAAUACAUAAUUUGUCUUUACUAUAUAAACAACAAUGUGUAUGAUGACACUUGUGCAGAUGCGUGUACAUACACACAUAUAUAUAGUAUCUAUGUAUAGGUAAGUCUCUGGAUUGCGUUUCUGUUCAGUAAAAGCACAUCUCUCAUUUAAUGAUUCCAGUUCAAGAAGGGAGCUUAAAUCUUCCCAGUAGGCAUCCACCAAAUGUCCUAGCUGGUAUCUUCUUUAACUGUUGAACUUUUCAGGCCAUGACUUACGGUUUCUCUAGCUGGCCUCAACUUUAUACUGUUAGUCUGGCAAACAUUGUGACUGAGAGAAGAUCUGGCAAGCAUUGUGAUAGUCAGGAAACCGGAAUACAUGUGAAGUUGGAAAAACACUCUAUCAUCGUUGGUGGGAAUAAGGCUCAUAAGCCACUAUUUGUUCAUGGUAUCUCUGAAGCUAAGCUGCCCUGGUAGUGCUUCUCAUGGCUUCUCCUGCAAGAGGGGGGUGGAAUAAAUGGAUUUCAUUUUCCUGGUACCAGGGGCUGUCUCCAAGGUGCUGAGCCUGUCCUUCUUCUCAUGGGCAGCAUCACACAUGGUUGCUGCACCUCUGCUUUCUUGUCCUGGUGUUAGAUGGUGAAAAGCGUCUUCUACUGAAUUUUUCAUCUCCACAUAGUCUCCUGUGGGUGUGUUGGCAAUAACAAAGUCUGUGUUUCAGCUGCACUUCUGAUUCAUUAAGACAAACCUUUUAGAGAGAGUCCCGUGCAGGGGAAGCUCCAGAAAUCUGAGGUGAGGCACAGGAGGAUACUGUGUCCUCCAACCUGACAUUGUUUAGACCACACUGUUGUGGCAAGUAUUGAUUCAAUUAAAUACAAAUAAAGCUUUUUGCAAUAAGAUAUAUCUAACAUUUAGCCUUAAGACCCUUUCAUAAGUGACAUAAUUCAAACUGUGAUUCCAUUCUCCUUCCUUCUUAAUGUUCUAUAGUAUUUACAGUGUUGCCUAAAGAUGAAGCACUUCUUUGAUGAGCUUUCUAAAUCUAAUGGAAAUCUAAAUCUAAUUUCUAAAUCUGCUGGUAACCGCAUUUCUUUCUCCACUUACUGCCUUCUUAUUAGGAUAAUGAAUUACUCCAGCAGCCCUCUCCCCUCACAAAAACGAAGAGACAUUAACUAUUGUCUGAACACUUUUGCAUAUCAGGGAGCCAGCCCAUCGUAGUGCAGAAGGGUUUGUUUCAAAGAUCUUUUUUUUACAGUUCGAGCAAUCUAAUGUGAAUUUACCUGCAACUGUAAUUUGUUUCCAGCCGAUUGUUGAGUGUUGUGUAAACCUGUUUGAUGUGUAAUCCCAGCUCAUCUCUGUAACUGGAUCUAAACGCCUAAUGUUAACCAAACCAUUUGGGGUUUUCACUAACUGUUCUGAAAGGCUCAUGGGUUGUUUUUUUUUCUUCUUCCCACUGAAUCUGUGACCACUAACAUAGAAAAAGAAUCAUUUUAGCUGUUAGAUGAAAGAAGUUCAAUAAUCUUGUAUCAGGAUGAACUGCUAUAUAAAGAAAUACCAAGUUUUCUAAUGAAUGUGUUAUAUUAUUGUACCUACAUGCAAUCAAUAUUUGUACAUCUGUUGGAGACCUGUCUGCGUUUCAGUAUUUAGCCACCACUGCAUGGACACUAUUGGUAUGCAGUUAAUGCAGUUGCUUUGGCGCUUUUCAAUGUACUUCACCUGGGUUUAUCCUUUCAGAAAUCCACCAAAUACUCUUGGUUCUUUUUCUUUGCAUUGUCACUUUGUUCAAUGAAGCAUGACUAGAAAACCAGAAUGAGUAGAUACUAUUUUUGUGGUCAGCAAAGCAGCUGCCGGUAGCAAGACAGUGUGUGUCUGGAUGGAUGUAGCCACACUGUCCAGGAAUGUUUCAGUUACAGAUGCAGCCACCUACAUUAUCAAGAGCCCUAUUCAACAUUUUUAAACAAGCACAAAUAAUAUUUGUAAAGAAAAGUUUAAUUUUAUUUAUUAUAGUAAUAAACUAUUUUAUACAUUA